AUGGCAUCUCCUAAGCAGCUCAAGCCCGACGACCACACAAACUGCUUCAAAGUGCGACGUUGGUGCAGAAGUCGGAACUGUCAGCUCUGGAGGCUUUUACUGCUACCUUUUAUACCCAUUUUAGCCCUGAUCGUCCAAACUACUUUUUCUUUAAAGAACAGUCUCACGAAUGGCAUGGAAGUAGCCGAUGUGGAAGAACAGGUGAGCCGAGCCACUGAACUAGGGAAGCUGGUAACCAGGUUGCAGCAAGAGCGAUCUGAAGUAGCAUUCUUCAUCUUUACUAACGGAAGCACUCUUAGAUCAAACCUAACACAACGCUUCACUGGAACAGACAUGGCUAUCGAACAAAUGGGUGACUUACCAUCUCUCCUGUUCAAGAACCGCGUCGAGCCCGUCAAUGGUGAAGCCUUUCUCAAUGAGCUAUCUGACCUCAGAGCCAAGAUCAACCCCGGCACGUCGAUGACAGAAGUAGUGGAAUGGUACACUAAUGCAAAUGCGGCUUUACUAACUCAUCUCACGAAGGAAAUAAAAGACACCGACAGCAGUACUAUAUGGAGAUAUUUAGUUGGAUUUAAAAAUCUACUGAGAAGUAUAGAAUGUAAAGGCAUAGCUUCCGUACUUGGCAUUAAUUACUUCGCUCGUGGCUUUUUGCAGCCUCGAGCGCAUGAAAGGUACAUUAGCCACAUGGUUCUGGGCCGAGAUCUUUUAGACAAUACGCUCAAUCUCAUCCCAUCAUUAAUACCUCUACAUAUGGAUAUCAAAGAAGAUAGUCCGGAAUAUCAAGUGUUGGAAAAAAAGGAAGUAUUUCUUAAUAUGGAAGUUUUCUUCUUAAUAGAGGAAGAAACAUAUCAACUAUCUGGUAUCCAUAACACAGGCUUCGUAGCUUACCAUGGAACUAGAUGGUGGAAUCAACAAAUAGUCGACAAUAAACACCAAGCAGGCAGCGUCAGUGAAGCAAUAGAGUACUUCGACCAGACAGCUACUUUACUUGGAAAACUCAGAGCUGUUCAAAAGCAACUAAGAGAAUAUAUCAGGGAGGGAGUAAACGAAAGUUUAAGAGAAGCUCGUCGAAGUGAAGCAAUUUGCGCGGGUAUACUCAUCUUAGUAUGCGUCGUAUCUCCUAUCAUCAUAGCUCUAGUUCGGAACGCUGUAAAUACUAUACAGGUGUACGCCCGUAAUCUAUCUGAGAAAGCAAGAGAACUUGAAUAUGAAAAAGAAUUAAGUGAUUCACUGCUCUACCAAAUGCUACCAGCGAGUGUCGCAAAGCAAUUAAAACAAACACAGCAGGUGCCAGCUGAGUUCUUUGCAUCUGUUACUGUGUACUUUAGCGACAUCGUCGGUUUCACUGCUAUUGCGGCCGUCUCAACUCCAUAUCAGGUUAUCAGUUUUCUCAACUCAGUGUAUAAGCUGUUCGAUGAAAGGAUUGAAUGCUACGAUGUGUACAAGAUAGAAACAAUAGGGGACUCGUACAUGGUGGCUUCAGGACUUCCAGUCAGGAAUGGAAACAAACAUGCGACUGAGAUAGCGAGUAUGGCCUUGGAAUUAUUGGAGGCGACAUCUAUGUGCCGUUUGCCACACAGGCCCGAUCAGACCCUCUGUAUGAGAAGUGGUAUCCACACCGGACCGUGUGUUGCUGGGAUUGUGGGUACUAAAAUGCCACGGUACUGCCUCUUUGGAGACACCAUCAACACAGCCAGCCGCAUGGAGAGUACUGGAGAGCCUAUGAAGAUCCAAAUAUCGGAAGACUUGAAAAGAGCUCUGGAUAAGACUGGGAAAUUCAUUACAACACCCCGUGGAGUUGUCGACGUCAAGGGAAAAGGUGAAAUGAUGACAUACUGGCUGGAUGGUAGGACUGGACCGUCUCCUGUGAGGCCUACAACUUCCUUAGACUGUACUCCCAGCUUCCUCGCCAGGAUUCACCAAGGAAGAACAUCUCCAAGAUAUCAGGAUAGAAACUAU